AUGGACACCUCGGCGUCAUACCUGGAAGAUGGCGGUGGCGGCAGCUUGCAUCAGAGCACACGCCCUGACCUCUCCAUCUACUUCGACACCAACCGCACCCGUAACGAACUUCGUCUGUUUGAUGGACAGAAACCGAAGCUAGCUAAGGCGCAAAACGACCCACAGACACAGAAUCACGCCGAUACAGCGGCAAGAUUCAUCAGCAAAACGUCAUACGCCGACAUCGUUGUUGUUCUGGAAGUGAAGAAAUCACAGGACGGCGCAGCGUUCACUGUGCUCCAAGCUAACAAAGAUCCUUCCGAUCGGAUCACACGAGAUAACACUGAAUUGGGGCGUAAAGCUCUAGCCCAAAUCACCGAGUACUGCUCCGCAAUUCUAGGACGACAGCAUCGCACCCAUCUGUUCGCGGCGUACGUCUGCCACAACCAGGCGCGGCUUCUCUUCGUCGAUCGCGAAGGUUGCCACAUCUCUAAACAGCUCACGUACGUCGGACACGCAAAUCAAACACUGCAUUGCUUCUUCUGGCGGCUCGCGCACAUGAAUCAUCAGCAACUCGGUUUCGAUUCGUCGGUGACUCUGGCCGACGGUGAAGAGAAGAAGCUGUUCAAGCACGCACAGGGCAUGAAGACGGCCGAUCCGCAACGGGCUCUGAUUCUCCGCGCUCUGUGUCGUGAUCCGAAGACCGAGACCUACGAAUCAGUCUCCACGCAGUGGCCACUCCAGCGCAUGACGGUCGGAAGCGAGACGUAUGUGGUUGGGCGUCCGAUCAUCCAGACCUCUGCGCUCCACGGACCCGCACCGCGACUCUUCCACGCCUUCCAUGUCGAGCAGGACGGCUCGAUCAAGGGUUACACUAUCAAGGACUAUUGGCGACCCGACCACGAGGAGAUCGAGCUCGAGCACAAGGUCUACGAUCGGCUGAAAGAGGCGAAGGUCACCAACAUCCCCACUUGCGUUUAUGGCGGCGACGUCGAAGUCAACGGCAAGGUCCAGCGCACGAAGGAUGAGGGACUUGUUCACUACCGAAUCGUCCUCGAGGGUUUACUCCAGCCUCUUUUGGAAUUUGAGAACUUCCACGAGCUUUCGGCCAUGAACAGGCUGGUGCGGCAAGCCAAAACACUCCAUCGUCAGAUCGGCACGAAUAGCAUCCUCAUCCUCUCCGAGUUUGACGACGCCACCCAGCAGAUCACGCGAACGGCGCUCCUCGGUGACUGGGAGCUGUCGAAGACCAAAACCCUGAUGGACAAUGCGACGGGCCCUCGGCAACGUGCGGUAGUGGGACCCUGGUACUUCCGGUCGAGCCUUUCACUGCAGUUCCCUUUACUCCGCCCAUAUCGACUAAGCGAUGAAGUCGAGGCGUUCGUACACGUCUUCCAGUAUCUCGUCCUACGAUUCCACGUGACGCAAUACACUGCCGAUGAAAAGGAAUCGUAUAAGCGGCUGCAAGACAUCGUUAAAAUGGUCUACGCUGAUUUCAAAAUCGGCAAGAACAAUCUCAGUUACACGGGUGGGGACGAGAAGUUCAUAAGAAUGGGCUACCCGAAACCCUGGCUCGACCCUAUGAACAACCAGACCCUGUACGAUAUCCUCCUGAGCAUCGCCACAGUAUCAAGUAAACACUAUUCGACGAUUGAUGGCCGUGAAUACAACAAUCGUUAUGGCCGCGGCGGCGCGCCCCCCAACCAACCCGUUGCCACCCCCGACGACGUCGCGCUCCUUAACGAAGACGGGCCGCUCAGCACUCACAAGGGCCUCAAGGAGAUCUUCGGGAAAUAUGCGGACCACGAGAACUGGCGCAAGUCGGAGAAGGUGCAGCCUGACGGGAAAACCGUGACGGUGUCAGACGACGCGAAGGGUCCCGACUUCUUCCGGGCGGCGGGGAUCAUCCCGAUGGACGAGAACGGUUUCGUGAUAGACCCUAAGCGGCCCGCUGGGGCUGAAUCUGGUGGCUCCGAACCGGCGAACAAGAAGCAGAGGACGGCCUAA